CCCAACUUUGAGUUUGGAAGGAAAAGUAGGUGUUAGUGAAGGGGCAAGGAGACCCUUAACUGCCAAGGCUGGAAAGUAUAACAGGGUUAGAGGUGUUUAGAAGAGAAACAGGUGAAAAAAGAUUGAGGGCAAAUUGGGGAAAGAUGUGCAGAGUCAUUGAUACAAAAUUUACACCUGGCAGUUGGAAACAAUAAUACCUGAGCAAUCAUUUACAAAGCCAGCUUGUUGAGUGGAGAUCUGGCAAGAUCAGAGCUGCUGCAGGAGCAUGGACAGUGAGGUACAGAGAGAUGGAAGGAUCUUGGAUUUGAUUGACGAUGCUUGGCGAGAAGACAAGCUGCCUUAUGAGGAUGUUGCAAUACCACUGAAUGAGCUUCCGGAACCUGAACAGGACAACGGCGGCACCACAGAAUCUGUCAAAGAGCAAGAGAUGAAGUGGACUGACCUGGCUUUACAGUACCUCCACGAGAACGUGCCGCCCAUGGGAAACUGACGCCUGGCCGCCGUUCCUGGGCGGGUGGUUUUAAGUACACAGAUACAGAAUGUUUUCCUUCAGUCUCCUAAUUCACAUCUUCUAGUGGUAGAUCAACACUCAAAAAUGUACAUCCACUUACUUAGUGGCAGCAAAGUGGGAUGUGAAAAUUCUCACCAGGGUGAGAAUCUGAUUGAGAGUCUCAGAAAUGCAGGGGGUUUGGCCCUUUGAACCUAAAGUUCUUUAUUUACUAGUUUGUGUUUGAACGUGAGUCAUUAAACAUUUGCCUUUAA